AUGCUUGCUAUUGAAUGGACUCAAGAAGAUGGCUGGCUCGAUCCUAAAAUCACCCCAUACCAGAACCUCUCUCUAGACCCUGCCACCUGUGUCUUCCACUAUGCCUUUGAGUGCUUCGAAGGUAUGAAGGCCUACAAGGACAAGGACGGCAAGGUCCGUCUGUUCCGCCCAGACAAGAACAUGGCCCGUCUUAACAAGUCUGCCGCCCGUAUUGCUCUUCCCACCUUUGAGCCCACAAGCUUCAUCGAGCUCAUCAGCAAGUUCACCAAGCUUGACUCACGGUUUAUCCCUAACCAGCGAGGCUACUCACUCUACCUGCGACCCACCAUGAUUGGUACCCAGAAGACACUGGGUGUUGGGCCGCCUGGCUCUGCAUUGCUCUAUGUUAUUGCUUCCCCCGUCGGACCUUACUAUCCCACCGGUUUCAAGGCCGUUUCACUUGAGGCCACGGACUACGCUGUCCGAGCCUGGCCUGGCGGUGUCGGCGACAAGAAGCUUGGCGCCAACUAUGCGCCUUGCAUUGUCCCUCAGCUCCAAGCUGCCAGCCGUGGCUACCAGCAAAACCUGUGGCUCUUCGGUGAAGAGGAGUACGUCACUGAAGUUGGCACUAUGAACAUGUUUGUUGUCCUCAAGGAUAAGCAAACUGGCCAGAAGGAGCUCAUCACUGCUCCUCUUGACGGCACCAUUUUGGAGGGUGUGACUAGAGACUCUGUCCUAGCGUUGGCCCGUGAGCGUCUUGUGCCUGAGGGCUGGAAGGUCACGGAGCGCAAGUAUACCAUGCAGGAGCUCGACGAAGCUUCUCAAGAGGGUCGCUUGGUGGAGGCUUUUGGUGCCGGUACUGCUGCCAUUGUCAGCCCUGUCCGAACUAUUGCCUGGAAGGGCAAGCACGUUGACUGUGGCUUGAAGGAGAACGAGGAGUCUGGUGAGACCGCCCUGCGUGUUAAAGACUGGAUAGAGGCUAUUCAGUACGGUGAAGAAGAGCAUGAGUGGAGCGUCGAGGUUGAGUAG